AUGCAAAGCACCUCCCACCACGAAACUCUCACCGACCCAGACCUCAAACACGGCGAGAUCAACAUUCCCCACGAUGACUCGCUCGACGCCAAAGUCCUCCGAAAAUGCGACCUCCAUGUCGUCCCUAUCCUAACUGUCCUCUUCCUCUUUGCUUUCCUGGACCGGAUAAACAUCGGCAACGCACGGCUCCUAGGUCUAGAAGAAGAACUUGAUAUGCAAGGCCACCAGUACAACAUUGCGCUCUUUGUGUUCUUCAUCCCAUACAUUCUCUUCGAGGUGCCGAGUAACAUGCUUUUGAAGAAGAUUCGGCCCUCGACGUGGCUAAGUGGUAUUAUGGCUGCUUGGGGUGUAGUCACGGUCUGCCAGGGGGUUACGGGCAGUUUUACGGGGCUGGUUGCUUGUAGGGUGCUUAUCGGGGCGUUGGAGGCAGGGUUGAUGCCUGGCAGCGUCUACCUCAUCAACAUGUACUACCGCCGCCACGAACUCCAAUGGCGCCUCAACUUCUUCUUCAGCGCGAGCAUCUUUGCUGGUGCCGUAAGCGGCUUCCUCGCAUACGCAAUCGCCAAUAUGGAGGGUAUCGCCGGGUACAGGGCGUGGCGCUGGAUCUUCAUCCUCGAAGGGAUUGCGACGGUGCUCGUGGCGAUAACUGCGAAGUUCAUCAUCGUCGAUUGGCCCGAGUCUGCUACGUUCUUGACGGAUGAGGAGCGCGCUGUGCUACUGAGCAGGCUUGCUGAGGAUCAGGGUGAGGCGCAGAUGAAUCGGUUGGAUAAGGCUUCGAUGAAGAGGACGUUUUCGGAUCCGAAGAUAUAUCUUGGACCGAUCAUGUACUUCGGCAUCGUCAACACCGGCUACGCAGUCUCCUUCUUUACCCCUACAAUCCUCGAACAACUCGGCUGGACCUCGAUCCGCGCCCAGGUCAUGAGCAUCCCUAUCUACGCUGUGGCAAUGGUCAUCACCCUCUCAACAGCGUACCUCAGCGACCGCCUCAAGCACCGCUACGCAUUCACGCUAGCCGGCUGCCUAAUCGCAACAAUGGGCUACAUCCUUCUUCUCAACCAGUCCUCCAUCCCCGUCGGCGCCCGCUACUUCGCCGUCUUCGCCAUAACAGGUGGCGGGUACCUGACGCAGCCGAUCCUCAUGGGCUGGCUGAGCAAUAAUAUGGCAGGCCACUAUAAGCAGUCGAUUGCGUCGGCUAUGCAGAUUGGGUUUGGAAAUUGUGGUGGGCUCGUUGCGAGUAAUGUCUUCUUUGAUGACGAGGCGCCGGGGUAUAGGACUGGGUUUGGGGUUAGUCUGGGGAUGACGUGGAUUUGUGGGCUGGCGUGCUUCGCCUUUCUGAUGUAUUUGGUCAGGGAGAAUAAGGCGAGGGAGCGCGGGGAGAGGGAUGAGCGGUAUGAGUUGCCGCAGGAGGAGAGGGAGAAUCUUGGGGAUGAUCACCCGAGUUUUCGGUUUACUUAUUGA